GACUUGUCUCUCCAGAAUGACUAUGCUCCAUUUCUAGGUCUCAAAUCACAACCAUGAAGUUGAUAUUAUGGUACUUGGUUGUGGCUCUUUGGUGCUUCUGCAAAGAUGUGGAAGCCCUACUUUACCGACAAAAAUCAGAUGGUAAAAUAGCAGCAAGCAGAUCAGGUGGCUUCUCUUAUGGUAGUUCAUCCUCUGGUGACUUGGACAGAAAAAAGCCACUCUUUAGCUUGGAAUUUGGUUCUCCAGGAGAAGCUGAAGACAAGUCCAGACAACGUCAGGAUGCUGGGAGUUCAAGGUCAGAAGACACCCCAGCAGGUGGCUUUUUUUACAGUAGUUCAUCCUCUGAUGACUCAGACAGGAAAAAGCCACUCUUUAGCUUAGGACUUGGUGCUCCAGGAAAGGCUGAAGACAAGUUCAGAGACCGCCAGGAUGCUGGAAGUUCAAAGUCAGAAGACACCCCACCAGGUGGCUUUUUUUAUGGUAGUCCAUCCUCUGGUGACUCAGACAGAAAAAAGUCACUCUUUAGCUUUGAAUUUGGUGCUACAGGAGAGGCUGAAGACAAGUCCAGAGAACGUCGGGAUGCUGGGAAUUCAAGGUCAGAAGACAGCCCAGCAGAUAGCACCAACACAAGAUCUGGUGCUGGCGUUAGUAGCAGUGGUGCUUCUCUGAAUGUGGGAUUUGGUUGGGGGACGUCUGAUGAAAAGGGAUUGGAAGUCGGUAGAGCUGAUGGGAGUGAAACUAGAGGCAGCGGAUCUGCUGGGGGUGAAACCAUAGUCUUUGGAUCUGAUACAGGUAGCUCAGUUGGAACUGGUUAUUCUGGUUUGAAACUUGGAGCAGGGAAAGGUGACGCUGCAUUUGGUUUUGAAGUUUCUGAUUCGAAUUCAUUUGGUGACAGUGGCAUUAGUAGCAAAACAGUUGAAGGAAAUCAAAUGAGUAGUUCUGGAGGAUCUGUUUCCAUUGAUUUAGGUGAUACCAGUUUAAGAAGUGAGAAUCAAUUUGUUGGUGGUGGCUCUCGAAAUUCGAUAUCCAAUUUAUGGGAUUCUGGUCAAGAGGGAUUUGGAAUCAAUGAAAUUGGAGGGAAUGGAUUGAGUGACAGUGUAUCUGCUGAGGCUGGAUUCAAAGGUUUUGGAUCUGAUGCCAGUAGCUCAGGUGACUCAAGUGCAAGAAAUGGGUUUGAAAAUUCUAGUGAUAUCUCUGAAGAUUCAGGAGUCAUAUUGGGGUCAUCUGAUCAACAUGGAUUUGAAGUCAGUAGAACUGGUGGGAAUAGAAAGAGAAGCAGUGAACCUGCUGAGGCUGGAAACUUGAGUCCUGGAUCUGAUGUCCGUGACUCAGGAGGAAACACUUGGUCUUCUGGUUCUGGAAGUGGUGGAGGAAGUGUCACAAACUCGUCUGAAUACAGUACAUCUGGACCACUCAAUACUCCAGAAAAAGGAUCCCACAUUCCAGAAGCAACUCCAAAAUACUCAGAAACAAAUGCAAUUAUUGGUGAAGCAUCUACCUGGAGCAAAGGAGCAUAUAAAUCUUUCAACGGCCGCAUCUUUUUGUUCGAAUCUUCAUGCCCGUACACUUUCUGCCGUCACUGCGUUGAAUCUGGAGGGGAUUUCAAUAUUGAAAUCAAACGAAACAAUGAUAGUGAGACUGAAAAAAUAACAGUUCUAAUUGACAAUAACGACAUCUCUAUUUUUGGUGACACCAUUUUAGUUAAUGGAGAAAGCAUACAGAUACCAUAUAACAAUAAGUUGAUUCACAUUAAAAAAUAUGGAGAAUAUAAUGUUCUGAAUAGCCGUAGAGGAAUCCUGACUUUAAUGUGGGACAAAAAUAACAAACUCUCACUCACUCUUCACAAGCAGUAUCCAACUUGUGGUCUUUGUGGUAACUUCAACAGCACUCCAGGGCAAGAUAUUAAUGAGCACAUUGCCAAUAGUAAAAUUCCUGGUGAUUGUCCCAAUGCUGUUGGUAAAAGCUAUGAAGUUUGUGAAGAUGGAAUACAGCACUGUAACAAAAUUAUUGGAACCUACUUUGAGAAAUGUGGAAAGGUUGCCGCUCUAGCCAAUGACUACAAAAUGAUCUGCAUUGAUGAAUACUGCCAAACUAGAGACAAAACAUCUACAUGUGACACUUACUCAGAACUGUCCCGCCUCUGUGCCUCAGAUGGUCCUGGCACCUUUGAAUCCUGGCGAAGCGAUUCUGAUGUGGUUUGUGAAACACAUAGAUGUCCAGAAGAACAACAUAUCUACAAAGAAUGUGGACCCUCCAACCCUGCAACUUGUUCUAAUGUGGCUCCUUUUCAAGACAGUGACUGUGUGAGCGGCUGCACGUGCCCAGAAGGUUAUCUGUUGGAUGAUAUUGGAGAGAAAGGAAAAUGUGUAUUAAAAGCUGAAUGUCCCUGUGAAUCCAGUGGAAACGUGUAUCAGCCAGGAGAAGUCCGAGAAGGUCCUUGUGGUUCUCAGUGCACAUGCCAAGAUGCAAAAUGGUCUUGCACUGAAGCAUUAUGCCCUGGAAGAUGUAAGGUGGAAGGAAGUUCCCUUACCACCUUUGAUGGUGUUAAGUACAACCUUCCUGGAAACUGCCACUUCCUGGCCAUUCACAAUGAAGAUUGGUCUAUUAGUGUUGAGCUCCGUCCAUGCCCAAGUGGUCAGACAGGAACAUGCUUAAAUAGCGUUACACUUCUUUUGAAUUCUUCUGUUCCAGUUGACAAAUACAUAUUCAGCAGUGAUGGAACAGUCACAAAUGACAAGAUUAGAAAUCAAGGUUAUUACUAUUCAGAUAAAAUACAGAUUUUCAAUGCAUCUUCCUCAUACCUUCAAGUAGAAACAUACUUUCACGUAAAACUACAAAUACAAAUUGUUCCUGUGAUGCAAUUAUAUGUUUCUAUGCCACCCAACCAAUUCACAGACACUGUGGGACUCUGUGGUUCCUACAACAACAAAGCAGAGGAUGAUUUCAUGUCAAGUCAGAAUAUAUUGGAGAAGACAUCUCAAGCAUUUGCUAAUUCUUGGGAAAUGAUGUCCUGUCCUAAAGGAAACCCCUCUUCAUGUAUUAGUAUAGAAAAAGAAAAGUUUGCUGAAAGGCACUGUGGAAUUCUUCUUGAUUCAAGUGGGCCUUUUGCUUCCUGCCACCCAAUUGUGAACCCUAAACACUAUCAUGAGGAAUGCAAAAAAUAUACUUGCUCUUGUGAAAACAGUCAAGACUGCCUAUGUACAAUUUUAGGUAACUAUGUGAAAGCGUGUGCUGAGAAGGAAACAUACAUAGUAGAAUGGAGAACUGGCCUAUGUGAACAUUCUUGUCCAAGUGGACUAGUUUUCAAGUACAAUGUAAAAGCCUGUAAUAGUUCUUGCCGAUCAUUGUCAGAGAGAGAUAGGAGCUGUGAUGUAGAAGAUGUUCCAGUUGAUGGAUGCACCUGCCCUGAUGAAAUGUACCAGAAUAAUGAAGGAAACUGUGUACUGAAAUCUCAGUGUGACUGCUACAUAAAUGACGAGGUCACGCAACCAGGCAAACUCAUCCAUAUUGAUGACAAUAAAUGUGUCUGUCGGGAUGGAAUUCUUCUUUGCCAGAUUCCCAUUGAUUUAACCCUACAAAAUUGUUCUGGAGGGGCUGAGUAUGUAGACUGUAGGGAUCCCAAAGCACAGAGAAGAACCGACAGAACAUGCAGUACUCGGAACAUACCUGUUUUUGAUGAGAACUUGCCUUGCAAACGUGGGUGCUUUUGUCCAGAAGGAAUGGUUCGAAAUUCUAAAGGGAUAUGCAUCCUUCCUGAUGACUGUCCGUGCUCUUUUGGUGGACGAGAAUAUGAUGAAGGAAGUGUCACUUCUGUUGGCUGCAAUGAAUGUACCUGCAUUAAAGGGUCUUGGAGUUGUACCCAAAAUGAAUGUCAAACCAUCUGCCACAUCUAUGGGGAAGGUCAUGUUAGAACUUUUGAUGGGAAAAGUUACAGUUUUGACGGUCUCUGCCAGUAUUCAUUUCUUGAGGAUUAUUGUGGUCAUGAAAAUGGCACAUUUCGUAUUUUAACGGAGAGUGUUCCAUGCUGUGAAGAUGGACUAACAUGCUCAAGAAAAAUUAUAGUUUCUUUUCAGGAUCAGAAUGUUGUCUUGCAAGAUGGUAAAGUAACAGCAGUCAAAUCUACAGAAAGUAAGAAAUGUGAACUCAAUACAAAUGCAUACUCCAUACAUACUGUUGGCCUGUACUUAAUUCUGAAAUUUCAAAAUGGAAUAAUCAUGAUUUGGGACAAAAAUACAAGACUGUCUGUUAUUCUGGAUCCAAACUGGAAUGGCAAGGUGUGUGGUCUCUGUGGAAAUAACAAUGGUGAUCUCAAGGAUGAUUUCACAACAAGAUACUCUUCAGUAGCUUCUGGAGCACUGGAAUUUGGGAAUAGUUGGAAAACAAGCCAAGAGUGUUCAGAUACAGUGGCUGAGACUUUCCCAUGUGAUUCAAACCCAUACUGUAAAGCCUGGGCUGUGCGAAAAUGUGAGAUCCUCAGAGACAGCACCUUCAGAGACUGCCACAGCAAGGUUGACCCCAGUGCUUACUAUGAUGCAUGCAUUGAAGAAGCCUGCGCAUGUGACAUGGAGGGGAAGUACCUGGGAUUCUGCACUGCCGUGGCUAUGUACUCAGAGGCGUGUAGUGCAGUUGGAGUUUGUGUCUCAUGGAGAAAACCAAAUCUGUGUCCUGUCUACUGUGAUUAUUACAAUGCACCUGGGGAAUGCAGAUGGCAUUAUGAACCUUGUGGCACAGUGACUGCAAAAACAUGCAAAGAUCAGGUCAUUGGCCAGAAAUUUUCUUCACUUUUAGAAGGUUGUUAUGCUAAGUGCCCAGAUAGUGCUCCUUACCUGGAUGAGAACACCAUGAAAUGUGUCAGUUUAUCUGAGUGCAGCUGCUUCUAUAAUGAUAUCAUACCAGCAGGGGAAGUGAUUGAAGAUAAUUGUGGAAGAACAUGCUACUGUAUUGCAGGGCAGUUGGAGUGCAGUGAAACUGCUCCUACCAAUUCAACAUUUGCAGUUUCCACUACAACAGCUACCGCCAUAUUAAGCACCGGAGCAGCAAUUACACUGGUUACCAGUAGCCCAGGCAUAGCAGCAUCCAUUCCAGCGAUUACAACAUCAAGCAGUGAAACAACAGGAACAACUCUAGGUCCUCUCACCGAGCCUUUUACUACAGGCAUUACUGAAACUUCAGUUCCCAUCAUCUCAACAUCUGGAAAUGCAGGCACGACAGGAGUAGUGAGCCCCACUGUCACUGGUGCUGCAGGCGUGGCAGGAAGAACUGGAGGAGUGGAUGCAGCCACCACUGGAGCUGCUGGUGAAAAUACAUCUGAGAGAGCAGGCACACUGCGGGUAUCUGGAGCAACCCCUGUAGUCGGAGGUGGCAGUACCCUGGGGGAAGCAGGCCCUGGAGCCACAGUUUCUGGAAGCACAGGAGUUUCUGCAGGCUCCACCACUGCCAGCCCUGAAGCCUCAGUCACAACCUCUGAAAGCAGCAAAUCAGGAACUACUGGACCCUCAGUAGGUGGAAAAACUAGAGCCACAAGCAGUGAAGCGACAUCAUCUGAAGGCGUGUCAGGUGGAACAGGACAGCCUCUUGGAUCUACCGCUGGAUCUGACAGUGAAAUCACAGCCAGAACAUCUUUCACUGGUUCCAGCUUACCUGGGAAACUCACCAGGCCAAGCCCAGGCUCACCUGGUCACUUUAGUGGUGGAACAACUGAAGGGGGAAAUGUAGCCACCACUGGAGCUGCUGGUGAAAACACUUCUGGAGCAUCGGGUUCAACAGAAGGGUCCGUGGAAGCCACCACCAGAGCAGGCAGUGGAAACACAGCUGGAACAUCAGGUACUAGGGCCACUGGUCCUGGAAACACAGCAGUCUCAGGCACACCUGUGGUAUCACCUGGAGCAACUCCUGGAGCUCCAGGUAGCAGCACCCCUGGGGAAGCAGGCACUGGGGCCACCAGUUUUGGAAAAUCAGGGACCCCGACAGUAUCUGCUGCUUCAACUACCAGUAGCCCUGUGAAUAAACACACGAAUGCAGCCUCAGCCACAGCAGUGACAAUCUCUGGAAGCAAACCAGGUACACCUGGAACACCGGGUGGUACGACUAGUGGAGGUGAAAUUACAUCUGGGCGGUCCAGCAGUGGUACCACCACAGGCUCUUCAAAUACACCAGGGGCAACUGGAUCAUCAACUGGGGAGACAGAGACAACUAGACCAUCAGCUAAAUUAACAGGGAAUUAUGGACAAUCAUCUGAAAUACCAGGGACAACUAAAUCAUCAUCUGAUGUUUCAGGGACAUUGGGGCCAUCAGAUAUAACAUCUGGACCAUCAGUUGCAGUGACAAGGACUUCUGAACAAUCGUCAGGAGUCACAGAGACAUCUGAACUCUCACUUGGAGUAUCAGGGACAACUGGGCCAUUAGCUGAAAUAUCAGGGACAACCAGACCAUUAGUUUCAGGAUUAAGGACAACUGUAUCAUUAGCUGGAGGAUCAGGGACAACUGGACCUUCAUCAAGAGAACCAGUGACAACUAGACCAUUAGCUGAAGGUUUAGGGACAAGUGGACGAUCGUUUACAGGAUCAAGAACACCUGGAUUAUCAGCUACAGAACUAGGUACAACUGUGUCUUUUACUGGAGGAUUAGGUACAAGUAGAUCAUCUGCUAGAGAAAUAGGGACAACUGGACCAUCAGCUGAUGGGUCAGGACCAUUUGUUGUGAGAUCAGGGACAACUAGAUUAUCAGCUGGAGUGACAAGAGCAACUGAAACAUCACCUGGAGUGACAGGAACAACUACACGAUCAGUUGAAGACUCCAGAACAACUGGACCAUCUGUUCUAGUGACAGGAACAACUGGACAAUCAGGCCAAGGAUCAGGGACAACCAGAAAAUCUAUUAUAGAAUCAGGAUCAGGGACAAAUGGACCAACAUCUGCAGGAUUAGGAACAACUGCACCAUCAGCCAGAAGAUCAGGUACCACAAGACCAUCAGUUGGAGGAACUGGGACAACUGGACAAUCAGGUGCAGAAUCAGGAACAACUGAACCAUCAGCUAGAGUGACAGAUGUAACUGGAACAUCAGCAACAUCAGCUGAAGUAUCAGGAAGAAUUGAACCAUCAGCUACAGGAUCAGGUACAAGUAGACCACUAGGUGAAACAGCAGGUACAACUGUACCAUCAGUGGAAGGAUCAGAGGCAACUGGACCAUCUGUCAUUGGAUCAGAAACAACUAGACUAUCAGUUAGAGGAUCAGGGACAACUGGAACUUCAUCUGGAGGUUCAGGUGCAACAAGAUCAUCGGGUGGAGGAAUGGGGACAACUGGACAAUCAACUGCAAGAUCAGAAACAACUGGACCACUUUUUGGAUUGACAGAAACAUUUGGACAAUCCUCUACAGUGACUGGGACAUCUUCAAAUUCAGCUGGAGUAACAACAUCUGAAGAAUCACCUGGAGUGGCAAUGACAACAGGACUAUUGGUUGAAGGGUCAGCUACAACUCGACCACCUCUUUUAGAAUCAGAGACCACUGAAUCAUCAGCUGGAGUGACAAUGACAUCUGGACAAUCAGCCAGAGUGACUGGGGCAACUGGACCAUCAGCUGGAGAGACGGGAACAACUGGACCAUCAACUGAAGGAUCAAUUGCAACUGUACCAUUUAUUAUUGGAUCAGAAACAACUAGACCAUUAUAUAUAGGAUCAGGGACAACUGGAACUUUAUCUGGAGGUUCAAGUACAACAAGAACAUCAGAUGGAGCAACAGGGACAACCAGAAAAUCAACUGCAAGAUCAGAAACAACUGGACCCCUUUCUGGAUUGACAGGAACAUCUGGGCAAUUGGCUGGAGUGACUGGGACAUCUUCAAAAUCAGCUGGAGUAACAGUGACAUCUGAAAAAUCAGCUGGAGUUGCAGCGACAACAGGAUCAUUUGUUGAAGGAUCAGUCACAACUGGACCACUUCUUUUAGAAUCAGAGACAACUAGAUCAUCAGGUGGAGUGACAGUGACAUCUGGACAAUCAGCCAGAGUGACUGACACAGUUGGAGCAUCAGCUGGAGUGAUAGGAACAACUGGACCAUCAACUGAAGGAUCAGGGGCAACUGGACCAUCCGUUGUGGGAUCAGGAACAACUAGACCAUUAGCUGGUGAAUCAGGUACAACUGAAUCAUCAGUUGGAGUGACAGGGACAAGGCCAUCAUCAGGAGGAUCAGGGACAACUGAGUCAUCAUCAAGAGAAUCAGCAACAACUGGACCAUCAGAUGAAGGAUCAGGAACAACUGGACUAUCACCUGGAGUGACAGUGACAUCUGGACAAUCAGCUAGAAAGACUGGGACAACUGGAGCACCAGCUGGAGUUACAGAAACAACGAGAUCAUCUGUUGUCAAAUCAGGGACAACUGGACCAUCUGUUACAGGAACAAGGACAACUGUAACUUCAUCUGGAGAAUCAGGUACAACAAGAUCAUCAGGUGGAGAAACAGAGACAACUGGCCAAUCAGCUGUAAAAUCAGGGACAGCAGAAUCAUUUACUGGGUUGACAAGAACAUCUAGGCAAUCAGCUGGAAUGACUGGGACAUCUGCACAAUCAGCUGGAGUGGCACUAACAGGUCAUUUUGUUGAAGGAUUAGUGACAACUGGUUCAUCUACUGUAGGAUUAGAGACAACUAGACCUUCAGCUGUAGGAUCAGGAACAACUGGACCUCCUGUUGUAAAAGCACAGACAAUUGGACCAUCAGCUGGAGUAACAGUGACAUCUGGACAAUCAGCUAGAAUGACUGGGGCAACUCGACCAUCAGUAGGAGUGACAGGAACAACUGGACCAGCAAGUAAAGGAUUAGGGACAAUUAGACCAUCUGUUGUAGGAUUAGAGACUACUGAACCAUUAGCUGAAGGAUCAGGGACAACUGGAUCACCUAUUGUAGGAGAGACAACUGUACCAUCAGCUAGAGUGAGAGUUACAUCUGGAUAUUCAGAUAGAGUGACUGGGGCAACUGAACCAUUGGCUGGAGUAACAGGAACCACUAAACAAUCUGUUGUAGGAUCAGUGACAACUGGACCAUCAGUUACAGGAGUAGAGACAACUGUAAAAACUUCAUCUGGAGGAUUAAGUACAACCACAUCAUCAGUUGGAGGAACAAGGACCACUGGACAAUCACCUGAAAUAUCAGGGGCAACAGGACCAUUUACUGGAUUGACAGGGACAUCUGCACAAUCAGCUGGGGUGACAAUGACAUCUGUCCAAUCAGCUGGAGUGGUAGUAACAACAGAACUAAAUGUUGAUGGCUCAGGGACAACUGGAAAAUCUCUUGUAGGAUCAGGAACAACUGGAUUAUCAGCUGAAGCUAUAGGGACAACUGGACCAUCAACUGAAGGAUUAGAGAAAACUGGACCAUCUAUUACUGGAUCAGGAACAACCAUACCAUUAGUUACAGAAUCAUGGACAACUGGAACUUCAUCUGGAGGACAGGGUACAACGAGUCUAUUAGUUAGAGGAACAGAGACAACUGGACAAUCAGUUUCAGGAUCAGCGACAACAGGGCCAGUUACGGGAUUAACGGAAAACUCUGGUCCAUCAGCUGGAGUGACAGUGACACCUAGACAAUCACCUACAGUGACUCAGACAACUGGGUCAUCAGCUGCAAUAUCAGGAACCACUGUACAAUCUCUUACAGUAUCAGGGACAGUUAGAUCAUCAUCUGGACAAACAGAAAAAACCGGAUCAUCAGUUGAAGAAUCAGGGACAGCUGAACCAUCAGCUGUAAGGUCAGGGACUACUGGACCAACAGCUGGAGUGAAACAUACAAAUGGGCCAUCAUCAGGUGGAGUGACAGGGAUAACUGGGUCAUCACCUGGAGUGACGGGGAUAACUGGAUCAUCUGCAAGAUCAGGGACAAGUAUCCCAUCUGCUGGAAAAACAGGAACAACUAGAACAUCAGUUGAAGAAUCAAGGACAACUGGACCAUCAGCUGGAAUAACAGGUACAAAUGGACUAUCAGCUGGAGUGACAGGGAUAACUGGAUCAUCACCUGGAGUGACAGGGAUAACUGGAUCAUCUGCAAGAUCAGGGACAAGUAUCCCAUCUGCUGGAAAAACAGGAACAACUAGAACAUCAGUUGAAGAAUCAAGGACAACUGGACCAUCAGCUGGAAUAACAGGUACAAAUGGACUAUCAGCUGGAGUGACAGGGACAACUGGAUCAUCACCUGGAGUGACAGGGAUAACUGGACCAUCAGCUGGCAUGACAGGGACAACUGGACCAUCAGCAGAAGUGACAGGAAAAACUGGACUAUCAGCUGGAGUGAUGGGGACAACUGGUCCAUCAGCUGAAGUGACAGGGCUACCUGUAGUAUCAACUGGGGUGACAGGGACAAUUGGAUCACCAGCUGGAGUGACAGGGACAACUGCAGUAUCAGCUGGAGUAACAGGGACAACUGGACUAUCAGCUGAAGCAACAGGGAUAACUGGACUAUCAGCUGGGGUGACAGGGACAACUGGACUAUCUGCUGGUGUGACAGAGACAAUUGGACUAUCAACUGGGAUGAUAGGGACAAUUGGAUCAUCAGCUGGAGUGGCAGGGACAAGAAGACUAUCAGCUGAAGUGACAGGGACAACUGGACAGACAAAUGGUGUGACAGGGUCAACUGGACUGUCACCUGGGGUGACAGGGACAACUGCACAGUCAGUUGAAGUGACAGGGACAAUAGGACAAUCUGUUGGGGUGACAGGGACAGCUAGAUCAUCAGCUGGAGUGACAGGGAUAAUUGGACUAUCAGCUGGACUGACAGGGACAAGUGGACUAUCAGCUGGGGUCACAGGGACAACUAGACAGUCAGCUGAAGUGACAGGGACAACUGAACAAUCUGUUGGAGUGACAGGGACAACUAGAUCAUCAGCUGGAGUGACAGGGAUAACUGGACUAUCAGCUGGAGUGACAGGGACAAGUGGACUAUCAGCUGGGGUGACAGGGAUAACUGGGCUAUCAGCUGGGGUGAGGGGGACAACUGGACAGUCAGCUGAAGUGACAGGGACAACUGGACAAUCUGUUGGAGUGACAGGGACAGCCAGAUCAUCAGCUGGAGUGACAGGGACAAUUGGAUCACCAGCUGGAGUGACAGGGACAACUGUACUAUCAGCUGAAGCGACGGAGACAACUGAACAAUCUGUUGGAGUGACAGGGACAACUAGAUCGUCAACUGGAGUGACAGGGACAACUGGACUAUCAGCUGAAGCGACAGGAACAACUGGACCAUCAGCUGAGGUGACAGGGACAACCAGACUAUCAGCUAGAGUGACAGGGACAACUGGACAAUCUGUUGGAGUGACAGGGACAACUAGAUCAUCAAUUGGAGUGACAGGGAUAACUGGACUAUCAACUGGAGUGACAGGGACAAGUGGACUAUCAGCUGGGGUGACAGGGAUAACUGGACUAUCAGCUGGGGUAAGGGGGACAACUGCAGUGACAGGGACAAUUGGAUCCCCAGUUGGAGUGACAGGGACAACUGGACUAUCAGCUGAAGCAACAGGGACAACCAGACCAUCAGCUGAAGUGACAGGGACAACUGGACAGACAAAUGGUGUGACAGGGUCAACUGGACUGUCACCUGGGGUGACAGGGACAACUGCACAGUCAGUUGAAGUGACAGGGACAAUAGGACAAUCUGUUGGGGUGACAGGGACAGCUAGAUCAUCAGCUGGAGUGACAGGGAUAAUUGGACUAUCAGCUGGACUGACAGGGACAAGUGGACUAUCAGCUGGGGUCACAGGGACAACUAGACAGUCAGCUGGUGUGACAGGGUCAACUGGACUAUCAGCUGGGGUGACAGGGACAACUGGACAGUCAGCUGAAGUGACAGGGACAACUGAACAAUCUGUUGGAGUGACAGGGACAACUAGAUCAUCAGCUGGAGUGACAGGGAUAACUGGACUAUCAGCUGGAGUGACAGGGACAAGUGGACUAUCAGCUGGGGUGACAGGGAUAACUGGGCUAUCAGCUGGGGUGAGGGGGACAACUGGACAGUCAGGUGAAGUGACAGGGACAACUGGACAAUCUGUUGGAGUGACAGGGACAGCCAGAUCAUCAGCUGGAGUGACAGGGACAAUUGGAUCACCAGCUGGAGUGACAGGGACAACUGAACUAUCAGCUGAAGCGACGGAGACAACUGAACAAUCUGUUGGAGUGACAGGGACAACUAGAUCGUCAACUGGAGUGCCAGGGACAACGGGACUAUCAGCUGAAGCGACAGGAACAACUGGACCAUCAGCUGAGGUGACAGGGACAACCAGACUAUCAGCUGGGGUGACAGGGAUAACUGGACUAUCAGCUGGGGUAACGGGGACAACUGCAGUGACAGGGACAAUUGGAUCCCCAGUUGGAGUGACAGGGACAACUGGACUAUCAGCUGAAGCAACAGGGACAACCAGACCAUCAGCUGAGGUGACAGGGACAACCAGACUAUCAGCUGGGGUGACAGGGAUAACUGGACUAUCAGCUGGGGUGAAAGGGACAACUGGAUCAUUAGCUGGGGUGACAGAGAUAACUGGAUCAUCAACUGGGGUGACAGGGAAAACUGGAUUAUCAGCUGGAGUGACAGGAAAAACUACAGUAUCAGCUGGAGGAACAGGGACAACUAGACUAUCAGCUAAAGCAACAGGGAUAACUGGACUAUCAGCUGGGGUGACAGGGACAACUGGACUAUCUGCUGGGGUGACAGAGACAAUUGGACUAUCAACUGGGGUGACAGAGACAAUUGGAUCGUCAACUGGAGUGACAGGGACAACUGGACAGUCAGCUGGUGUGACAGGAUCAACUGGACAGGCAGCUGAAGUGACAGGGACAACUGGACAAUCUACUGGAGUCACAGGGACAGCUAGAUCAUCAACUGGAGUGACAGGGAUAACUGGACUAUCAGCUGGACUGACAGGGACAAGUGGACUAUCAGCUGUGGUGACAGGGAUAACUGGGCUAUCAGCUGAAGUGACAGGGACGACUAGACUGUCAACUGGGGUGACAGGGAAAACUGGACAGUCAGCUGAAGUGACAGGGACAAUAGGACAAUCUGUUGGAGUAACAGGGACAGCUAGAUCAUCAGCUGGAGUGACAGGGAUAACUGAACUAUCAGCUGGAGUGACAGGGAUAACUGGACUAUCAGCUGGAGUGACAGGGACAAGUGGACUAUCAGUGGGGGUGACAGGGAUAACUGAAUUAUCAGCAGAAGGGACAGGGACAACUGGACUAUCAUCUGAAGAGACAGGGAAAACUGGAUCAUCAGCCGGAGUUACAGGAACAACUGGACCAUCAGCAGAAGUGACAGGAGAAACUGGACUAUCAGUUGGAGUGACGGGAACAACUGGCCCAUCAGCUGAAGCGACAGGGCUACCUGUAGUAUCAGCUGGUGUGACAGGGAUAAUUGGAUCACCAGCUGGAGUGACAGGGACAACUCGGCUAUCAGCUGUGGUGACAGGUAUAAAUGGACUAUCAACUGAGGUGACAGGGACAACUGGACUAUCAGCUGGGCUGACAGGGACAACUGGACUAUCUGCUGGGGUGACAGAGAAAAUUGGACUAUCAACUGGGGUGACAGGCACAAUUGUAUCAUCAGCUGGAGUGACAGGGACAACAAGACUGUCAGCUGGAAUGACAGGGACAACUGGACAGUCAGCUGGUGUGACAGGGUCAACUGGACUAUCAGCUGGGGUGACAGGGACAACUGGACACUCAGUUGAAGUGACAGGGACAACUGGACAAUCUGUUGGGGUGACAGGGACAGCUAGAUCAUCAGCUGGAGUGACAGGGAAAACUGGACUAUCAGCUGGACUGACAGGGACAAGUGGACUAUCAGCUGUGGUGACAGGGAAAACUGGACUAUCAGCUGAGGUGACAGGGACAACUGGAUUAUCAGCUAGGGUGACAGGGACAACUAGACAGUCAGUUGGUGUGACAAGGUCAACUGGACUAUCAGCUGAGGUGACAGGGACAACUGGACAGUCAGCUGAAGUGACAGGGACAACUGGACAAUCUGUUGGAGUGACAGGGACAACUAGAUCAUCAACUGGAGUGACAGGGAUAACUGGACUAUCAGCUGUGGUGACAGGGAAAACUGGACUAUCAGCUGAGGUGACAGGGACAACUGGAUUAUCAGCUGGGGUGACAGGGACAACUAGACAGUCAGUUGGUGUGACAAGGUCAACUGGACUAUCAGCUGAGGUGACAGGGACAACUGGACAGUCAGCUGAAGUGACAGGGACAACUGGACAAUCUGUUGGAGUGACAGGGACAACUAGAUCAUCAACUGGAGUGACAGGGAUAACUGGACUAUCAACUGGAGUGACAGGGACAAGUAGACUAUCAGCUGGAGUGACAGGGACAACUGGACCAUCAGCUGGGGUGGUGGGGACAACCGGACAGUCAGCUGAGGUGACAAGGACAACUGAACAAUCAACUGCAGUGACAGGGACAAUUGAAUCACCAGUUGGAGUGACAGGGACAACUGGACUGUCAGCUGAAGCAACAGGGACAACCAGACCAUCAGCUGAGGUGACAGGGACAACUGAACUAUCAGCUGGGGUGACAAGGAUAACUGGACCAUCAGCAGAAGUGACAGGGACAACUGGACCAUUGGCUGGAGUGACAGAGACAACUGAAUUAUCAGCAGAAGUGACACGGACAACUGGACUGUCAGCUGAGGUGACAGGGAAAACUGGAUCAUCAGCAAGAGUGACAGGAAUAACUAGACCAUCAGCAGAAGUGACAGGGAAAACUGGGCUAUCAGCUGGAGUGAUGGGGACAACUGGACCAUCAGUUGAAGUGACAGGGACAACUGGAUCAUCAGCUGGAGUGACAGGGACAACUGGGCCAUCAGCUGGAGUGACAGGGACAAGUGGACUAUCAGCUUCAGUGGCAGGGACAACUGGCCCAUCAGCUGAAGCAACAGGGCUACCUGUAGUAUCAGCUGGGGUGACAGGGACAAUUGGAUCACCAGCUGGAGUGACAGGGACAACUCAGCUAUCAGCUGUGGUGACAGGGAUAACUGGACUAUCAACUGAGGUGACAGGGACAACUGGACUAUCAGCUGGGGUGACAGGGAUAGCUGGACUCUCAGCUGGGGUGACAGGGAUAACUGGACCAUCAGCUGGAGUGACAGGGAUAACUAUAGUAUCAGCUGGAGUAACAGGGACAACUGAACUAUCAGCUGAAGUUUCAGGGAUAACUGGACCAUCAGCUGGGGUGACAAGGACAACUGGACUAUCUGCUGGGGUGACAGGGAUAACUGGACUAUCAGCUGGGGUGACAGGGACAACUGAACAGUCAGCUGAAGUGACAGGGACAACUGGACAAUCUGUUGGAGUGACAGGGACAACUAGAUCAUCAACUGGAGUGACAGGGACAAGUGGACUAUCAGCUGGGGUGACAGGGAUGAUCUGGAGGAAAACUAGAUCAUCUACUGGAGUGACAGGUACAAAUGGACUAUCAGCUGAAGCGACAGGGACAAAUGAAAUACCAGCUGGGGUGAGAGGAACAACUGGACAGUCAGCUGAAGUGACAGGGACAACUGGACAAUCUGUUGGAGUGACAGGGGCAACUAGAUCAUCAGUUGGAGUGACAGGGACAAUUGGAUCAUCAGCUGGAGUGACAGGGACAAUUGGAUCACCAGCUGGAGUGACAGGGACAACUCGGCUAUCAGCUGUGGUGACAGGGAUAACUGGACUAUCAGCUGAGGUAACAGAGAUAACUGGAUCAUCAACUGGGGUGACAGGGAUAACUGGACCAUCAGCUGGAGUGACAGGGACAACUACAGUAUCAGCCGGAGUAACAGGGACAACUGGACUAUCUGCUGGGGUGAGAGAGACAAUUGGUCUAUCAACUGGGGUGACAGGGACAAUUGGAUCAUCAACUGGAGUGGCAGGGACAACAAGACUAUCAGCUGGAGGGACAGGGACAACUGGACUGUCAGCUGAAGUGACAGGGACAACUGGCCAAUCUGUUGAAGUGACAGGGACAGCUAGAUCAUCAGCUGGAGUGACAGGGAUAACUGGAUUAUCAGCUGGACUGACAGGGACAAGUGGACUAUCAGCUGUGGUGACAGGGAUAACUGGACUAUCGGCUGGGGUGACAGGGAUAACUGGACCAUCAGCUGGAGUGACAGGGGCAACUACAGUAUCAGCUGGAGUAACAGGGACAACUGGACUAUCAGAUGAAGUGACAGGGAUAACUGGACUAUCAGCUGGAAUGACAGGGACAACUGGACUAUCUGCCGGGGUGACAGAGACAAUUGGACUAUCAUCUGGGGUGACAAGGACAAUUGGAUCAUCAGCUGUAGUGGCAGGGACAACAAGACUAUCAGCUGGAGUGACAGGGACAACUGGACCAUCAGCUGGUGUAACGGGGUCAGCUGGACUAUCAGCUGGGGUGACAGGGACAACUGGACAGUCGGCUGAAGUGACAGGGACAACUGGACAAUCUGUUGGAGUGACGGGGACAACUGGACUAUCAGUUGGGGUGAUGGGGACUACCAGAUCAUUAGCUGGGGUGACAGGGACAACUGGUUCAUCUGCAAAAUCUGAGACAAGUAUACCAUCAGCUGGAAAAACAGGAACAACCAGAACAUCAGUUGAAGAAUCAAGGACAACUAGACCAUCCGCUGGAAUAACAGGUACAAAUGGACUAUCAGCUGGAGUGACAGGGUCAACUGGACCAUCAGCUGGAGUGACAGGGACAACUGGACUAUCAGCUGGAGUGACAGGGACAACUGGACUAUCAGCUGGAGUGACGGGGACAACUGGACUAUCAGCUGGAGUGAUGGGGACCACUGGACUAUCAGUUGGAGUGACAGGGAAAACUGGACUAUCAGCUGGAGUGACAGGGACAACUGGACCAUCAGUUGGAGUGACAGGAAUAACUACACUAUCAGCUGGAGUGACAGGGACAAGUGGACUAUCAGCUGGAGUGACAGGGAAAACAGGGCUAUCAGCUGGAGUAACAGGGAGAACUGGGCCUUCAGCUGAAGCAACAGGGAAAACUGGACUAUCGGCUGGAGUGACAGGGAUCACUGGACUAUCAGGUGGGGUGACAGGGACAACUGGUUCAUCAGCCAGGGUGACAGGGACAACUGGAUUAUCUGCAAAAUCUGGGACAAGUAUACCAUCAGCUGGAAAAACAGGAACAACCAGAACAUCAGUUGAAGAAUCAAGGACAACUAGACCAUCAGCUGGAAUAACAGGUACAAAUGGACUAUCAGCUGAAGUGACAGGGUCAACUGGACCAUCAGCUGGAGUGACGGGGACAACUGGACCAUCAGCUGGAGUGACAGUGACAACUGGACUAUCAGCUGGAGUGACGGGGACCACUGGACCAUCAGCUGGAGUGAUGGGGACAACUGGACUAUCAGCUGGGGUGACAGGGACUACCAGAUCAUUAGCUGAGGUGACAGGGACAACUGGAUCAUCUGCAAAAUCUGGGACAAGUAUACCAUCAGCUGGAAAAACAGGAACAACCAGAACAUCAGUUGAAGAAUCAAGGACAACUAGACCAUCAGCUGGAAUAACAGGUACAAAUGGACUAUCAGCUGAAGUGACAGGGUCAACUGGACCAUCAGCUGGAGUGACGGGGACAACUGGACCAUCAGCUGGAGUGACGGUGACAACUGGACUAUCAGCUGGAGUGACGGGGACCACUGGACCAUCAGCUGGAGUGACGGGGACAACUGGACUAUCAGCUGGGGUGACAGGGACUACCAGAUCAUUAGCUGGGGUGACAGGGACAACUGGAUCAUCUGCAAAAUCUGGGACAAGUAUACCAUCAGCUGGAAAAACAGGAACAACCAGAACAUCAGUUGAAGAAUCAAGGACAACUAGACCAUCAGCUGGAAUAACAGGUACAAAUGGACUAUCAGCUGAAGUGACAGGGUCAACUGGACCAUCAGCUGGAGUGACGGGGACAACUGGACCAUCAGCUGGAGUGAUGGUGACAACUGGACUAUCAGCUGGAGUGAUGGGGACCACUGGACCAUCAGCUGGAGUGAUGGGGACAACUGGACUAUCAGCUGGGGUGACAGGGACUACCAGAUCAUUAGCUGAGGUGACAGGGACUACCAGAUCAUUAGCUGGGGUGACAGGGACAACUGGAUCAUCUGCAAAAUCUGGGACAAGUAUACCAUCAGCUGGAAAAACAGGAACAACCAGAACAUCAGUUGAAGAAUCAAGGACAACUAGACCAUCAGCUGGAAUAACAGCUACAACUGGAGUGCCUGCUGCAACUUCCCUAGGAGCUGAAGGUGAAAGCAUAGCUUCCACAUCAGUUGCCACGGGAGCCAUCCCUGGGUCAACAAUUGCACCAGGAAGUACCACUACUGUGCCAUCAAAACAGCCUGAAGUAGCAGGUACCACUGGGGUAACCACUGGCACAACUCUUGCCCCUAGAAGUUCUAACACAGAGGCUACAACUGCUACAGGGACUCCUGGAGCAGGACUGUCAGGCGGCACCACUAUCAUUUCUUCUGAAGUCAGUACCAGUUCAGAAGUUUCCAACACAGGUAUCACUGGAGUAGGCUCUGAGACAUCUGUUGAAACAGGAAUUUCCAACACAGCUACGACUGGGGUGGCUCCUGGCACAACCCUUGCCCCUGGCAGUUCCAGGACAGAAGUCACAACUUCCAUAGGAGGAAGUACAUCAACAAGAGGUGGAAUAGCCACAGAAGCCACAGGUUCCUCAAGAGGGGUCAGGACCACUGGAUCAGAAGCUGCAGGAGCUACGACCACGGUUUCACCUGUUACCAGCAGCAGUUCACAGGGUCCCAAGCCAGGUACUUCUGGAGAAUUCUCUGGGACAACCAUUUCAUCUGGAGGCUUCCACACAGAAGCCACAACUCUCACAGGAGGUAGGGGCAGUACUGGAACUGAAUCCAGAGCAGAGUCCACAACUUCCCUACAAGAAAGUGCAAAGACAAGAGGUGGAAUAGCGACAGAGGCCACAAGUUCCACAGGAGGGGUCAGAGCCACUGGAACAGAAGCUCCAGGAGCUACCUCUGGUAAAUUCUCCGGGACAACCAUUUCAUCUGGAGGUUCCCACACAGAGGCCACAACUCUCGCAGGUAGCAGGGGCAACACUGAAAGUGAAUUCAGAACAGCCACCACUGGGGUAGUUCCUGCCACAACUGUUGCCCCUGGCCGUUCCAAGACAGAGGCCACCACUUUCCUAGGAGUAAGUGGAACAACAAGUGUUGGAAGAGCCACGGGUGAUCUUCACUCCUUCCUUUCUUUUCUCUCUCUCUCAGGGGCCACAACCAGCCAAGCAGAACGUCCAGGAGAUACUUCUGGUGAAUUCCCAGGAACAACCAUUACAUCUGGAGAUUCCCACACAGAGACCACAGCUGUGACAGGAAGCAGGGGCAGUAUUGGAACUGAAUCCAUAGCAGAGACCACAACAUACAUUAGACGAAGUGGGACCACAAGAAGUGGAUUAGCCACAGCUACCACUGGGGAAUUCUCUGGAAAGACUCUGGAACCUGGGAAUGACAACACAGAGGCCACAAGUUCCACAGGAGGGGUCAGGGCCACCGGAUCAGAAGCUCCAGGAGGUACCUCUGGUGAAUUCCCAGGGACAACAUUUACAUCUGGAGGUUCCCACACAGAGGCCACAACUUUCACAGGAGGCAGGGGCAGUACAGGAACUGAAUCCAGAGCAGCCACCAGCAGGGCAGCUCCUGGCACAACUCUUGCCCCUGGCAGUUCCAACACGGGGGCCACAGCUUCCCUAGGUGGAAGUGCAACGACAAGAGGUAGAAUAACCACCGCUACCACUGGGGCAUUCUCUGGAAAGACUCUGGAGCCUGGGAACGACAACACAGAGGCCACAAGUUCCACAGGAGGGGUCAGGGCCACCAGGUCAGAAGCUCCAGGAGGUACUUCUGGUGAAUUCCCUGGGACAACAAUUACAUCUGGAGGAUCCCACACAGCCACCAGCAGGGCAGCUCCUGGCACAACUCUUGCCCCUGGCAGUUCCAACACGGGGGCCACAGCUUCCCUAGGUGGAAGUGCAACGACAAGAGGUAGAAUAACCACCGCUACCACUGGGGCAUUCUCUGGAAAGACUCUGGAGCCUGGGAACGACAACACAGAGGCCACAAGUUCCACCAGAGGGGUCAGGACCACCAGAUCAGAAGCUCCAGGAAAGGCCACAACUCUCACAGGAGACAGGAGCAGUACCAGAAGUGAAUCCAAAACAGCCACCACUGGGGUAGUUCCUGCCACAACUGUUGCCCCUGGCCGUUCCAAGACAGAGGCCACCACUUUCCUAGGAGUAAGUGGAAUAACAAGCAUUGGAAGAGCCACAGGCGCCACAACUUCCACAGUAGGGGGUGACACCAGCCAAGCAGAACGUCCAGGAGGUACAACUGUGGUUUCAGCUCGAGUCAGCAGCAGUUCACAGAGCUCCAGACCAGGUAUCUCUGUCACACCAGAGAGCUCAGCAUCUGAAAGUGAAACAGUUACUACAGAAGAAUUAUCUGGGACAAAUGCUAAAUGUCCCACAUUGGUAGGCACCACGGCAGCCUCAGGAGGCCAAGCAACUGGGAGCCUGACCACCACCACUGGGGUAGCUCCUGGCACAACUGUUGCACCUGGCAGUUCCAACACAGAGGCCACAACUUCUGUAGGAGAAAGAGAAACAACAAAAGCUGAAAUAAUCACAGGUACCACUGGAAAAUUAUCUGGAACAACCAUUAUAUCUGAAACUUCCACCACAGCAGGCAUCACUGCAGCAACAGGGAAGCAAGCAGGCAUCUCAGUGGUAGCUCCUGCCACAACAGUUGCCCCUGGAAGUUUCAGCACAGCAGUGACAGCUUCUCCUGAAGCAACACGAGUGACUGGCGUUACAACUGCAAAGACCACAACUUCCCUAGGAGGAAGUGACACCCCUGGAGCAGAAAUAAAAUCAGCCACCACUGGAGCACCAGGAAGUAGGACAGGCACAGCUGGAGUGCUCUCUGCUACAACAGUCUCCGCUGGGAGCUCCAACUCAGAGGCCACAACUUCUAUAGGAGAAAGUGGAAAAACAGGAGCUGAAAUAAUCACAGAGGCCACCACUUCCACAGAAGAGACUGGUACUUCUGGAACUGGAUUCAAAACUGGUAUCUCAGCGGUGGCCCCUGCCACAACAGUUGCCCGUGGAAGUUUCAGCACAGCAGCCACAACUUCUCCUGGAGCAAGUGGAAUGACUGGGGUUACAACAACUGCAAAGACCACAACUUCCCUAGGAGGAAGUAGCACCACUGGAGCAGAAAUAAAAUUAUUAAGAACCACCACUACAGCACCAGAAAGUAGGAGAGCUGGAGUGCUCUCUGCUACAACAGUCUCCGCUGGGAGCUCCAACUCAGAGGCCACAACUCCUGUGGGAGAAAGUGGAAUAACAAGAGCUGAAAUAAUCACAGGUACCACUGGAGAAUUGUCUGGAAUGACAAUUAUAUCUGGAAGUUUUAACACAGAGGCCACCACUUCCACAGAAGGGACAGGUACUUCUGGAACUGGAUUCAAAACUGCAGGCAUCACUUCCGCCUCAGGGAAACAAGCAGGCACCUCUGGGGUAUCUCUUGCCACAACAGUUGCCCCUGGAAGUUUCAGCACAGUGGCCACAACUUCUUCUGGAGCAAGUGGAAUAACAGGGGCUGGCCCCACCUCAGAGACCACAGCUUCCCUAGGAGGAAGUGGUACCACCGGAGCAGGAAUAAAAUCAGGAGCCACUACUGGAGCACCAGGAAGUAAAACAGGCACAGCUGCAGGUUCCUCUGGUACAACAGUUGCCCCUGGGAGCUCCAACUCAGAAGCUACAACUUCUAUAGGAGAAAAUGGAAAAACAAGUGGGGAAAUAAUCACAGGUACUACUGAGGGCACCUCUGGCAAAGUUCUGGAACCUGGAAGUGCUCACACAGAGGCCACAACUUUCCCAGGAGGCAGCGGGACCACCCGAGCAGGACUACCAGGAGGUACCACUGGAGAAUUGUCCGGAACGACCAUUAUAUCUGGAAGUUCUAACACAGAGGCCACAACUUCCACAAAAGGGACUGGUACUUCUGGAACUGGCUUCAAAACUGGUACCUCUGUGGUGGCACCUGGCACAACAGUUGCCCCUGGAAGUUUCACCACAGUAGCCACAAUUUCUCCUGGAGCAAGUAGAACCACUGGGGCUGGACCCGCUGAAGAAACCACAACUUCCCUAGGAGGAGGUGGCACCACUGGAGCAGAAAUAAAAUCAGGAGCCACCUCCGGAGCACCAGGAAGUAAGACAGGCACAGCUGGAGUGCCCUCUGUGACAACAGUUGCCCCUGGAACCUCUAACUCAGAGGCCAUGACUGCUUUAAGAGAAAGUGGAAAAACAAGGGCUGAAAUAACCACAGGUACUACUGAGGGCAAAACUCUGGCAGCUGAAAGUACCCACACAGAGGCCACAACUUUCUCAGGAGGCAGCGGAACCACCCGAGCAGGACCAUCAGGAGAGCCCACAACUUCCAUUGAAGAGACUGGUCCUUCCAGAACUGUAUUCAAAACUGUAGGCAUCACUUCGGUCCCAGGGAGGCAAGCAGGCACCUCUGUGGUGGCGCCUGGCACAACAGUUGCCCCUGGAAGUUUCAGCACAGCAGCCACACCUUCUCCUGGAGCAAGUGGAAUGACUGGGGUUAGAACCACUUCGAAGACUACAACUUCCCUAGGUGGAAUUGGCACCACUAGAACUGAAAUAAAAUCAGGAGCCACCACUGGAGCACCAGGAAGUAAGACAGGCACAGCUGGAGUGCCCUCUGCUACAACAGCUGCCCCUGGGAGCUCCAACUCAGAGACCACAACCUCUGUAGGAGAAAGUGGAAUAACAAGUGCUGAAAUAGUCACAGGUACUACUGAGGGCAUCUCUGGCAAAACUCUGGAAACUGGAAGUGCCCAAACAGAGGUCACAACUUUCUCAGGAGGCAACCGGACCACCCGAGCAGGCCCACCAGAGGCCACAACUUCCAUUGAAGAGACUGGUACUUCUGGAACUGGAUUCAAAAUCGCAGGCAUCACUGCAGCACCAGGAAAGCAAGCAGACACCUCUGGGGUGGCACCUGGCACAACAGUUGCUCCUGGAAGUUUCAGCACAGCAGCUACAACUUCUCCGGGAGCAAGCAGAGUGACUGGCACUGGACCCACUGCAGAGACCACAAUUUUCCUAGGAGGAAGUAGCACCACUGGAGCAGAAAUAAAAUCAGGAGCCACCACCAGAACACCAGGAAGUAAGACAGGCACAGCUGGAGUGCCCUCUGGGACAACAGUCACCCCUGGGAGCUCCAACUCAGGAUCCAUGACCACUGCACUGGGGAGCCAACUCUCCAGCAGUCAAACAGUGAUUCCAGGUUCCAGUGGCAUCAUCUCUCACACAACUGUUGCACCUGGAAGUUCUGUUAUAGGCACUACUGGUGUGGCCUUGAGCACGGCUGUUGCACCUGGAAGUUCCAGUACAGAAGCCACAACUUCCACAGGAGUCCAUAGAACCACUGUAGUGGGAUGGAAGACAGAAGCUAUGACGUCCUUUAGAGGCACUGAGACCACAGGAAGUGGAAUGAAUACAGGGGUAUCAGGUAGCCAAGUCACUAGCAUUCCACUAGGUACUACUGCAGUGGUCUCUGGCAACACCAUCUCACCUAGCAGUGUCAACACAGAAGCUACCAGCGGCACAUCUGAGAGGUCAAACCCUGGAAGUGAAAUAGGUACCACUGGUAUAGUCUCUGGCACAACAGUUGCAUCUGGAAGUUCCAACACAGAAGCCACAACUUCUUUGGGCAAUGGUGGAACCACUGAGGCUGGAAGUAAAAUAGUUACCACUGGGAUAACUACUGGCACAACCAUUGUAUCUGGGAGUUCCAACACAAAGGCUACGACUUCUACAGGCAUUGGAGUUGCCACUGGAGUUGGAAUGGCAACUGGGAUCACCAACAUAAUUUCAGGGAGAAGCCAACCUACUGAAAGUAAAACAGGCUACACUGUGACAGGCUCUGGGACAACAGCCUUACCUGGAGGUUUCAGAACAGUUGCUCUUACAGAGGCCACAACUUUUAAAGGUUAUGUUGGAACCACUGAAGCAGAAAUUUCAUCAGGCAAUACCCCAGGAUCAACAGGAGUCACCAGCAGCCAAGAAGGCACCACUGUAAUAUCAAGUGGAAUCACUGGAAUCCCAGAAACUUCCAUCGCAGAUCCUUCCAAGGAAGCAUCUAACGAAACCACUGCUCCUGGACCUCCUACCACAGUCACUGCUUCCACAGGAGUCAAAAUAACUUCUGGAACUGGAGUGCAAACAGGCUCCACCUUGGUUCCAGCUGGAGUGCCAACAAGACCACAAGUACCCCAGUCAGAAACCACUGUCGUGGCAACCAGAGAAGUAGAAACUGAAAAUAAAACAGAAUGUCUAGCCUCACUUCCACCCGCUCCAGUUUGUCACGGUCCACUGGGAGAAGAGAAAUCUCCUGGAGACAUAUGGACUGCCAAUUGCCACAGAUGUACCUGUACUGAUGCAAAGACUAUAGACUGUAAACCUGAGGAGUGCCCUUCUCCACCCACAUGCAAAACCGGUGAAAAGCUUGUGAAGUUCCAAUAUAAUGACACCUGCUGUGAAAUUGGAUACUGUGAACCAAGAACAUGUUUGUUUAACAAUACUGACUAUGAGAUUGGUGCUUCAUUCGAUGACCCCAGCAACCCCUGUGUCUCCUAUUCCUGCAAAGACACUGGCUUUGCUGCAGUAGUCCAGGACUGCCCAGAGCAGACCUGGUGUGCAGAAGAAGACAGAAUCUAUGAUUCCAAAAAAUGUUGCUAUACAUGUAAGAAUAAUUGCAGAUCUUCCUUUGUGAAUGUGACUGUUAUCAACAGUGGUUGCAAGAAAAGAGUUCAGAUGGCAAAAUGCGCAGGGGAAUGUGAAAAGACUGUCAAGUACAAUUAUGAUACCUUACUCUUGGAACAUUCAUGCCUUUGCUGCCGAGAAGAAAACUAUGAACUCAGAGACAUUGUACUUGACUGUCCUGAUGGGAGUACAAUCCCUUACCAAUACAGGCAUAUCACAACCUGCUCUUGUUUAGACAUAUGCCAACCAUAUACGACUUUCACGUACAGUUAAUGCUGACAUCACCUUCCCAGUUUUAACAGGCCUGGUAUUUAUAAGUGAGGAAAAAUAAUCAUUAAAAUAGUGGGAAUAACUAAACAUUUGUAUCUCACUCAAAACAAUGAGUUCUCAUUAUGAGGAAUUUUGCUCUCUCGUGGACUGGAUCUGAAAAAUAAACACAACCUGACAAGCAA